AUGGAAAAGAACUUCUGCUAUCGGCAACGAAGGAGAAAAGAAGUCGUCUACGACUGUUGCAUACUCGAGGACUCUUUGUCCCAAGGUGACUGGCACAUCGAGGAAGACCCAAACGUGGACUACGAGAUGCUGCUCAGAGGAUUACGAGCCUGUGCUGAACGUGCCUCGAAGCCGCGCACGACAAACUUGGAUCGAAUUUCGAAGACCGCCAAUGCAUUGUUGGAAAGAAGAAGGACUUUGAGGCUUGAUCCGAAUGCAUCGCACAUUGAGCGGUUAGUAGCAAACACUAGCUGCAGAAAAGCGUUGCAGGAGGAUCUUAUGAAGUACAGGCAGAAGAAGAUUCUGGAAGCAGCACAAAGAAGAACGAGUCUAAAGAAGUGCCGCAGGGAUCUCCGCGAAUAUAAUAUUCCGCUAGCAACCUUGCUGAGCGAAGACGGGACUCGCACGUCUUCUCGUCGUGAGAUGGAAAUCAUUACGGAGAGGUUCUACUCGAACCUUUUCCGUUCAUCAACUCCUGUGUCAAGCCCAAUCAUCCCCACUGGCGAAGCUCCACCACGGAUUCUCCCUUCGGAAGUACGAGUCGCUAUCAAGGGCAUGAAGCCUGGCACAGCCCCCGGACCUGAUUUUAUAUCAGCAGACUUUCUUCGGGCUGGUGGCCAUCCGCUUCAUGUAAUCUCAGCAGCGCACAUGACAUCCUAUCUUCAGAAAGAAAGGAUCCCAGACCAGUGGAAGACCUCGCGAACCGUUCUUAUCCAUAAGAAAGGUGACCGAGAGGACCUUCGGAACUACUGUUCGAUAUGCUUGCUGAGCGUGUUGUACAAAAUAUUUACCAAGAUCAUCCUAACACGCAUAUCUAGGACGCUGGAUGAAGCCCACCCUCAAGAACAAGCUGGAUUCCGCCAGGGGUUCAGCUGCUUGGACCACAUCCAGACCGUGUCGAGGGUCAUAGAGGUUUGCCGGGAAUACCGCCUGCCCUUUGUUCUAACCUUCGUCGACUAUAAGAAAGCCUUUGAUAGCGUAGAAACGAAUGCAAUACUGUCAGCGCUGGUCGAUCAAGGUGUGGACGCGUCGUAUGUGAGGACAUUAGCCAAUUGCUACGAUUGA